CCAAUCAGACGCGGUGUUGUUCCUGAAUAGAACGUUUCCAAGAUGGUGCUUGAAAGCACUAUGGUCUGUGUGGACAACAGUGAAUACAUGAGAAAUGGCGAUUUCAUGCCCACCCGACUACAAGCGCAGCAGGACGCUGUCAACAUCGUGUGUCAUUCAAAAACGCGCAGCAAUCCAGAAAAUAACGUGGGGCUCAUCACCAUGGCCAAUAAUUGUGAGGUCCUGACCACACUUACACCGGACACUGGUCGCAUCCUGUCCAAAUUGCACGCUGUUCAGCCUCGUGGAAAGAUCAGCUUCUGCACUGGCAUUAGGGUAGCCCAUCUGGCACUGAAGCACAGACAGGGUAAAAACCACAAGAUGAGAAUCGUGGCUUUUGUGGGAAGCCCAGUAGAGGACAACGAGAAAGAUCUGGUGAAACUGGCAAAACGGUUGAAGAAAGAAAAGGUCAAUGUGGAUGUGAUCAAUUUUGGAGAGGAGGAAGUGAACACCGAGAAGCUGACUGCAUUUGUCAACACUCUGAAUGGGAAGGAGGGCACAGGCUCCCACCUGGUCACGGUGCCCCCUGGCCCCAGCCUGGCGGACGCUCUGCUCUCCUCACCCAUCCUGGCAGGCGAGGGCGGGACUAUGAUGGGCUUGGGCGCCAGUGACUUUGAGUUCGGGGUGGACCCGAGCGCUGAUCCAGAACUUGCCCUGGCCCUCCGUGUGUCUAUGGAGGAACAGAGGCAGCGGCAAGAAGAGGAGGCUCGCAGAGCGGCUGCGCAGUCGGCAGCAGAAGCAGGCAUUCCCACCCCUACUGCCGAUGAAUCGGAGGAGGCUCUCCUGAAGAUGUCUGUGUCUCAGCCUGAGACAGGUGUGCCAUCACUACCAGAUUUCAGCAGCAUGACUGAGGAGGAGCAGAUUGCUUAUGCCAUGCAAAUGUCCCUGGCUGGGGGAGAAUUUGGUGAAUCGAUGGAUACAGGAGCGCCAAUGGAUACAGCUGAAUCUGCUAAGGAAGAGGAUGACUAUGAUGUAAUGCAAGAUCCAGAGUUUCUCCAAAGUGUGUUGGAGAACCUGCCUGGUGUGGACCCCAACAAUGAGGCUAUUCGUAAUGCCAUGGGCUCUCUGGCUUCUCAGAGUGGGAACAAACCAGAUGGCAAAAAAGAUGAGGACAAGAAGAAAUAAAUAAUGUCACUAGAAAGUGAUGUAUCCACCUGGUAUUGCUUAGAUGAGACAUUUUGGGUGGGUGAAGGAGGAAAAAAAAGAAGCCCAACAAAUAAACUGGGCAGUGAGACCUUCCCAUAAAUGUCCCAGAGAACAAGUUUAGUUACAGGCUUUAUAAAGAAUGGAUGCCCUAAACAUUUUUAAACUCUGGAUGCAUUCAAUUUAACUGAGAUAUUGGCAGUCUAUAGCUCAGAUAUACACAUCAUGCUCUCUCUCUCUUUCUUUCCCCUGUAGUGGUUGCUUCCUGUUUACUGCUGAAUUUUUUUCUUUUCUAUUGCCAUUAAAGAUUUGGUUAAAAUACAA